AUGUCGUCCGCAAGUGGCCCCCUCCCUUCCACUGGUCCCAACAUCACCGACGUGAUUGCUGUUACCGCACCGCCUCCGUACGGGACGCUGCACGUGUCGUUUUACCACCCCACCCACACGCUUUUCAUCGCGAAUGACGCCGCCAGUGAUCUGUCCGCCAAGCUCACAGGCGCCGCUGAAGGCACUGCCCAUCGAGCUCGGCUUCAGACAGCAUUUUCCAACCUGACUGAGUUCGCCAAGAACAGCCUCGUGAACCACACCGGCGCCGGCGUCAUCCCUGACACGCCGAUCGGCGUCACCGCCUACGACAUCUCGCAGGUCCAUCAGUACUAUCCCGACGAGGAUCUCACCAGCGCGGUCUUCUCUGGUCAGGCCGAUCAGGCGACGUCCGUGGCUCCCCAUUCAGCUCCAGCUCAGAAUCUGACCGUCUACAUGAACUCGGUCGCAACGCCCGGGGACAAUCCUUUCCUUCUCACCGUCGACGAUCCCCAGCGCCACAGUGGUUUCUCCGCGUCCAACGUGACCUGGAAUGGCCACAUCGCACGCGUUGUCGUCGCCGCGGGUUCACCGGAUACCUACGUCUUCAACAAUUUCUUGAUGGCGCACGCUCUGGGUGUGGCCGAGGAUGACAUCGUCAGUGGCAAUUACACCCUGGCGCCGUACGACGCUCACAUGAUGACGAGCGACGGUGUCAGCCUGGCCCAGCAUGCCAACACGCUCUUCGAGAUCCUUUCCAGGAAUGACGAGUCGGGGAUCGUGCGUCCGAUCCUCCAACGAACACAACGUCUCCAGCUCCGUCCCAUCCAGCUGUUCGAUGAUCACAAGCGCGAGGCAGUGGUGUCCAACCUGGCGGAGGGCGGAGAAACUGCAGCUUGA